CCACAGCGCAACUCCCGAGCCGCCGCCGGGGACGCGCGGGCGCUGAGGCUUCCACCGGGCCGGCGCGGCGGCUGCUUCGGGAUACUCCCCCCCUCCUGCCGGGCUGCUUCCUCCCGGAGUCCGGCCGGGGUUCCCCGCGGAGGGCAGGGACCGCGGCGCAGGGGAAGGACGGUCUUUUUGGCCGCGGAUGUGCCGCUCGGGAAGCGCGGCAAGUUGAGUCUGCGCUCGGGACCCGGCAGAGACGGUGGCUGCCGCCCGCCAGCCACGGACCACCAUCUUUACUACAGAGGAUGGGAAGGUGAUGCCCAGUGAGCCGGAAGAUCCAGUCUAUUAAUAGACACUUCUGCUAUAGAACUUGGAUUACCUGUGGGUCCCUGGUGGUUUCACAUUUACUAACUCCUGUCACCCCAGAAAAGUUACUUUGGGUCUUCAUUGCUCUCUCUGGUGAACGAUGGCUUCCAGUCUGACUUGCACAGGAGUGAUCUGGGCUUUGCUCUCAUUUCUAUGUGCAGCCACCUCCUGUGUGGGCUUCUUUAUGCCCUACUGGCUCUGGGGCUCACAGCUGGGCAAGCCUGUGUCCUUUGGCACUUUCCGGAGGUGCUCAUAUCCUGUGCAUGAUGAGAUCCGGCAGAUGAUGGUGAUGGUGGAGGAGUGUGGGCGCUAUGCCUCCUUCCAAGGCAUCCCCAGCACAGAAUGGAGGAUCUGUACCAUCGUGACAGGCCUGGGCUGUGGCCUUCUCCUCCUGGUGGGGCUCACUGCCCUCAUGGGCUGCUGUGUGUCUGAGCUCAUCUCCAGGACAGUGGGAAGAGUGGCUGGAGGAAUUCAGUUUCUGGGGGGUUUGUUGAUUGGCGCUGGCUGUGCCCUCUACCCAUUGGGCUGGGAUAGUGAGGAGGUUCGGCAGACCUGUGGCUAUAUUUCUGACCAGUUUGACUUGGGUCAGUGUGAGAUCGGCUGGGCCUACUACUGCACGGGGGCAGGUGCUGCCACCGCCAUGCUGCUGUGCACGUGGCUGGCUUGUUUCUCAGGCAAGAAGCAGAAGCAUUACCCAUACUGAAGUGGAUCCACCAAGAGCAAACGGAGGAAAGGCUGGACUGGACUGAAGGAGCAUGAGGGGACUGAAGCAUCCAGCUGCUUUCAAAGGUGGAAUCGUGGUUCUAAUCCAUACAGUGCAAAUGAAACAAGACACGAUGGACUCAAGAUUCGGGAAGGAAAUGGAGAGCAUGGAAUGGUAGAGAAAAAGGGACCAAAGGCCAAAAUUAUCGUAGGGUGGUGGGUGGUUCUGUUCCACAGAGUAUUAUUGAUGUAGAACACACUUACACACACGCAACAAAUCUAUAUAUGCAAACAAGGCUUUGUUUUGUUUUUGUUUUUUUUAAAGAUGAGAACUCAGAGAAUCAAAAGGGCUAGUAGAAACAGUAUUAUGUUGGGAAGCAGAAUAACUUCCAGAAGUUCCUGCAGGUCACAUGCUUCUGAAAGCACACGAGCACACACGGAUGUAUGUAUUCACACUCAUGCCCACACAAACAUAUAUGUUGUCACACAGACUGCACGGGUUUAGCGGUACAUUACUCCUCUGUUUUCUUUUUAAUAUACAUUUAAAUACAGUAUUACUUCCUCAUAAAGCAUACAACCGAAUAAAUGGACCAAUAAGCCACCCUGUCAGUGUUUUGUAUAUCCUGCGUAAACUGUUUAUGCCCUGAACAUGUUUUCAGUGUUUUAUGCAGACCUUUAGAGUAAAGAUCUUGUAUUUCCAUAUUAUUCAAAAAUAUGCAAUAUUUCUCUGACAACUUCUGCUAUGAUAUUCUUAUGAAGGGUGACUUUUUGUCCACCAUUAAGAGAGAAUUCAGUUGAAGUUAUGAGAGUAAUAAGAGACAUUUUCCAGUCAUUAGAGCUUAUUUUCUUUUGUCCAUUAUUGUACUGUGCUAUAUCACAUUUAUUGCAAUAUUCAUUUGGUAAAAAGUAAAAAAAAAAAUGCUAUUUUGUUUGUAUUUGAAAACCUCUGUGAAUAAAUUUUCUCUUUGAUCAAUAGCUAAAGUGAGUCCUAGCAUGCUAAUUCGGGUAUGAACUUGGCUUCUUUAAUUUAUAAAAAAUAGCCUCUCAACUCCAACAGUCGUCUACAGUUUCUUCUCCUUUUAUAACUUUCAUUAAUUCACUCAGUAAGCAUCAGUCAUUAAUGGUUCUAGGCACACAAGGUAUUAAAGAGAAGACAUAGUUCCUGGUUUCAACUCACAUUCUUUGUAACCAGAAUUUCAAUUUCUUGUUCAUGGCAUUUCAGUCAUGAACAAACUCAUACAAGAGGAAAAAAAAUCAAGUCUCUUUGGAUUAAGUUUGAUAAUACAGGCAAUAUUGACAUGUGAUUUAACAUGAGCGUUAGGCCAUGGCUGAGGAUGAGUCAGUGCCGACUGCCCUACAAUGACGAG